AUGCUGAUAUCAACAUCACAACCUUUUUUUUCUAUGCUUUACAAGCUCUCUCAAGAGCUUCAUUGUGUCGUCAAUAAUAAUCCAUCCGCAAUGUCAUCGUCGUCGUCAACAUCGUCGUCGUCGAAAUGUUUUCCACCAUAUAAUUUCCGGUUGACUUUUCUGCAUUGCUAUCUAGAGGAAAAGCAAGUAGUUUCAUCGAUUGAAUGGUUCUUGUCUGAUGCUACUCAUCAUCAUCAUCAUCUGGGGCUAUAG